CCAUUUUGUUGUAUUCAUUGUUAGAUUGGUCUUACCUUGUUAGCUAAUUUAAAGUUGAUUAUUUUGCAUAUUGGUCUUGAAGAGUGAUAAUGAAUGUUGGACUGUGAUGAGCUACUGAGGUCAAACUACCGGCUAAGAGUAGCAGCUUGCUAAUCCUUUAAAAUGGAUUAUGUCUGCUUUACAUUUGAUUGAAUUAUGAUUUAUGAUGUCGAUAUUUGAUCAAAAUGUGUAUUUGUAAGUGGUUCUCUCUAACUUGUCUUAUCAUGCAAUUACUGUUGUACAAUUGAGAUAUCUUUGUUCUGUUAAUGUAUUUUUAUCAUGUGGACAUGUUAUGUCUUUAUAUUUGUUGUGGUUGAGAUCAGGGACAAUGUUUUUGUGUUGGCUGGACAAUAAAGUUGAUUCUAUUCUAUCUAUAAAACAUAUGAAUCACUGAGACUUUUAUAGUCCAAAAAACAAAACAAAACAGAGAUUUGGUUAUUUAUGAGAUGCCUUUUCUUGACUCUGUUAGGAAACUGCUUAUAGAACUGUAUUUCAGGCUUAUGGCUCUGCUAUGACUGUGGAUGUGAGUCUAAGUGAGUUCAUAUGGCACUCCAUGCAAAGACAAGAGGUGGAGCUCUGAUGGAAUUCAUCAGAGCCCCCAGGGCGAAGUACACAAUAGUAGGAGAAGCUAUACGUUAUGUUAUUCCUGAACAUAUGCAAUGCUCAAUCGGCUGUGGAGGUCAAGCCUGCAAGUAUGACAACCCAAGUUACUGGAGUGAUAACCAACAGGCCAUAAAAGGCCUCUACUCAUCCUGGGUUUCUGAUUAUUUUCUCGCUAUGUCCAGACCCUCAACAGAAAUCAUUGAGAAGUAUAACAUCAUUGAUCAAUUCAAAAGGAAUGGUAUUAAAACAGUGAUCAACCUACAGAUACCUGGUGAACAUGCCAGCUGCGGAAACCCUCUGGAGCCAGAGAGCGGCUUCUCAUACCGCCCAGAGGUCUUCAUGGAAAACAACAUUUAUUUCUACAAUUUUGGCUGGAGUGACUAUGGAGUGGCCAACCUCACCACUGUGCUGGACAUGGUUAAAGUCAUGGCCUUUGCACUGCAGGAGGGAAAGAUAGCAAUCCACUGUCACGCUGGUCUUGGCAGAACAGGUGUGCUGUUAGCAUGCUUCUUGGCCUAUGCUACCAGGAUGACUCCUAACCAGGCUAUUUUAUAUGUACGUGCUAAACGCCCCAAUUCCAUCCAGACCCGAGGUCAGCUGCGUUGUGUCAGACAUUUUGUCCAGUUCCUUGCCCCUUUGAGGAGUGUGUUUUCCUGUGUUGAGCCUCGAUUCAACCCAGUCACCCUGUCCCAGUACCUGAACCGCCAGAGACACAUAUUGCAUGGCAAUGAGAGGAAGGAGCUGAGGCACCUCCCAAAGAUUGUCCAGCUUGUGUCUAGGCUGCUGUUGGACAUUGCAGAGAAUCGACAGGUGAUUGAGGAAGACAUUCUUGAGGCCCCUGAUAUUGAUGACAUAGAGAUGACCCUCAGCAUCAUUGAGAAGAUGGGCCCUGAGUUAUUUACAAAGAAGCCCCGCUUGCCAGGUGUGCCCACAUUACCCAGACAUUUCCACGAGCCACCCAUCUUCUACCAUCGCAAAAGUCUGAGCUACAGUGAGUCCGACCUGAGACGACUGGGAUCACAGCUCAACCUCCUCACACAACCUCCAGGCUCCAUGUCACAGAGUAGUAUUGAGAUGUCUCUUUCCCCAUUUGAGGCCACUUCUGGCAUUUCACACAGUCUAACAGGCUCACUCUGGCAAAUCAAGAAUGUAGAAGAUGGAUCCGUUCUGCUGAAGAAAGUGAAGCGGAAAACCAUUCAACGUAGUGAGUCAGUGGGAAACAAUGAAUCAACCAAAUACAGUGGCAUGUUGUCCAGGUGGAAGGAAGAGCAGAGGGAAGAGUUAGUAAUGAAUGGGAUGAAGCCUCAAGACAGAGGAGUGGAGCAAUCGGAGAAGUCAGAGGUGCCCUUUAUUACCCUGCAGUCAGAGUUGUCCCUGGACGCCAGGAGGUUGCUCGUGGCACAGGCCCUGGCAGUGGACCUUUUUCUUGAUGGAGAAGAAGAGCACAAAAACUAUGUCUUGGCCUGGCAGGCAGAACUGAACCAAGGCGGUGGUUGGGAAAGGCUGUGUAUGGAGCGGGAUCCCUUUAUCCUCACUGGGCUUAUGUGGGCAUGGCUGGAGCAGCUUAAAGAGCCAGUCAUCUCCAUCCAGGAAGCCAAAGCCCUCAACGCCAACAACACUGAUGCUCAAACUGUCCUCAACACACUUGACCAGGCCUCUAAACAAACACUAACAUGCAUACUAAAUUGUAUGGCUCAUAUGAUGGCAAUACCAGAAGAGGUUGAAAAUGCUUUCCUGAAUCGUACAAUCAAAGCUUUUACAUGGAUCAAAAAUAACUCAGAGGAUGGAAGCAAAGUGUACGAAUCCAUGACUACAGCCCUACGAUGUGUCCUUGAGGACAUGAGAUCUGGGGUCAUCGAAGCAGAUGAGACGCCAACGUCUCCCUUCUCUUUAACAUAGGUACUACUAGUCAUGCAUAUGCGGUGCACUGCCUGUACCUCCAUGUGGAAGCAUGAAAGAAAAAUGUAUGCUUUUGUGCCUUGUGGCCAAAUUGUUUCAUAUGUAAUAACUUUUCCAAGAGUUUGUCAAUUUGGGCUAAAUAUAAAAAAGUAUCACCAUACAUUUUGUCACUAGAUUAUUUUGUCAGAGAUUAUUGUCACUGAUACAUAACUAUAAUAUGUCUCAGUAUUUUCUUCUGUAGUGACAUAUUGAAGCAGGUGACAAAAGAAUAUUUAGCAAACAUUAUGCCUUAAGACUGGUCAUAUCCAACAGUGACAUACCUCAGCUCCAAAAGCGUAGUCAAUGAACAUUAUCCUUACACCUUUACAAACUUCUUUUUUCUUAACAAGCACGUUUAUCACACAGUGUAUCAACGGAGGAUUUCUCAUCUGUAAUAAGUGUUAAAUUCUGGUUUGUGUAAA